AUGCUUCAAAAUAGUAUAAAAUUAGGCCAUUUUUUCUUGGCCACAUCAGUGACACCCGAACAGAGAUUCUCUACCGACUGGACUUCAUGCGCGAUAUGCUCCGAAACGGGUCUUUUUACAGUUCUUGUAAGAGCUUAUCAGACACCCAGAACACGGAUCAAAUUGUGCUGGAAAUUUGCUAACGGUGAGAUUAGCAUUUAUCGAUAUUGCACAUUUCUACGAAACUGGAGAUCUGCUGAUUAUGCUAGCAAGCAUUUCACUGUCACUUCGAAACAGCCAAUUCAAUUUUAUAUUAAACUGCAUAAUCAUGGACGUUCUAUAGCGACAGCAGUCAUCGAUAAUAUAAAAGUCGUCACUGAAGAAUGUCACUUACCUUCUUCCAUACGACCAAAAUAUAAAACAGUGCAACUAUAUCCCAUACAACGAACUGAAGAAAGAGGAGGAUUUAAGACACAAGCUAUAACUUCUCGACGUCCAAUAAGCAAACAAACAACUAAUAAGAAUUCUACAAAUUCAUCUAAUUCAAAUUCUCCAUUUAUACUCAGUGAUAUUUUUGGAGAUGCGUUUGCACAGUUUUUGGUGGAUGAUUCGGACGGUUUAAUUGUUGAAAGCCAAAAGACUGGAAGAAGUAAUGUGAAUAGCGAGAGGUGGUUCAAUCGAAAUAACGCCGAACAAUAUAAUGAAAUAUUUGUUGCAACAACGCUUGCUCCUGAACUACCCUUCACUUUCAAUUUUUUGGAAUGCAACACUGUUGGUGGUUGUUUAUUCGAUCAAUCAAUGUGCACUUAUCAAAGUUCACAUAUGUCUCACGGUUCAACUUUCCAACGAGUCAGACUUUAUGAUCGAAAUUUUAUGCAAGCACUUACGAGACCGAAUACAAUAGCAGUAUUAGAGACAGAUACAUCAUUCACAGAAGAUCAUAAAAUUGUAUUCGAUGCAUUGGAAUUCACAGAAGGAGAACGACUAUAUGGAUGCUGCUAUAAUAAAAAACGGGACGCAGACGAAACCUUAACCAGUAUAAGGACAUUACUAGGAGGCGAACGACCGUCCGAACUAUUUUGUCCAUUUGCAACAGCAGCGCACUCGACCCCACUUAUUUGGAGAACAGAAAGGUUUACCUGCCCCGGAGGAACCGAAAAGAUCCUAUUUAUGUGUGAAAACAAUGGAAAAAUAAAUGGGGCAUGUGCAAUGGACAAUAUUCGAAUACACAAGAUUUUGGAUGUUCUGGAAAUGGAACCAUGUCAAAAGAACAUUAUCGCCUUCUCAUGA